GGGGAGCUUCCUCGGUUGGACGAUAUUGUUGUUUAAUGACAACAAGAACUUCCCCGAAUAAAAUUUAAAAAAAAAAGGAAAAAGGAAAAUUCCAUCUGCUCUCUCAACUCAUUCUCCUUCUCUUCUCAACCCCGUAACUCCCCCAAAAAAAAAUUGCCAGCAUUUUUCAUCUUCUAAUCUCCUCUUUUGUUGCAAAGAUUCGUUUUUUUUUUUUCUUUUCCUCGUACUUCUGCAUAUCGAGUUCAAAUCUGGUGCGUUUAGGGUUUUUCUGUUGGUGCUUUUUGAUUGGUGGGGGAGCGACACGAUUUUCUGAUGCGGUGAAGCCAUUGCGGAUUUGGGAAUCUAGGGUAGCUUCUUGGGGCUUUAUCGGCAACGGGGAUGGCGAGUGAGUUGCAGAUGAGCCCUCAGAUGGAGCAGAUCCAUGGAGAAAUCAAGGACAACUUUCGGGCUCUCGCAAAUGGCUUCCAGAAGAUUGAUAAGAUCAAAGAUUCCAACCGCCAAAGUAAACAAUUGGAGGAACUCACUGGGAGGAUGAGGGAGUGUAAGAGAUUGAUCAAAGAGUUUGAUCGAGAAGUUAAGGAUGAGGAGGGCAGAAAUCCACCAGAAGUAAAUAGGCAACUCAAUGAUGAGAAGCAAUCUAUGAUCAAAGAGCUAAACUCGUACGUAGCAUUGAGGAAAACGUAUAUGAGUACUCUUGGUAAUAAGAAACUUGAACUUUUUGAUAUGGGAGCUGGAGUAAGUGAACCCAUUGCUGAUGAAGAUGUCCAAGUGGCAUCAGCCAUGACAAACCAACAACUUAUUGAUGCUGGAACGAAGCAAAUGGAUGAGACUGAUCAGGUCAUUGAGCGCUCGAAAAAGGUUGUUGAGCAAACUAUGGAAGUGGGAACACAGACUGCUGUCACCUUAAAGGGCCAAACUGAGCAAAUGGGCAGAAUUGUGAAUGAGCUUGAUACGAUCCAGUUUUCUAUAAACAAGGCUUCCCAACUUGUGAAGGAAAUUGGCAGACAGGUCGCGACAGAUAAAUGUAUUAUGCUUUUCCUAUUACUCAUCGUGUGUGGUGUGAUAGCAAUUAUUGUGGUGAAGAUUGUGAACCCCCACAACAAGGACAUCAGGGACAUUCCUGGACUAGCACCACCCGCCCCGUCUAGAAGGUUGUUGUCUCUCAGGGAUUUCGAAGAUGCUCGGUAGAUUCCUCGUAUUUGAGGAUAAAAGUUGCUGCAAAUCCUGUCACGGUGAAAGGAAUCUGCCAAAGCUGUUUGUGUGCAUGUAUAUGGUUUUUCCUUCUAUAAUUACUAUUCUUGCCGGAGACGCGUUUUUCUUGUCUGUGAUUCUCUUUGUAUGUGUAAAUCAUUUGUGAGGCCUUUCUCUCUUCCUUUGCCGCUUCUUUUCUCUUUGCAGAGUUUGUAUGGCAUGGUUCUUUGGCUUAUGUUUUCGAGACCAUUGUAGAUGGCGGAAAUAGACGCACUACACCAUCAUUGUCAUGUACAUGUAUUCGGCUAAAUGCCCUUUUGAGGAUAUAAUGCAUGCGUGUUUUGAAGUUUC